GUCAGAAACUAACUAUAGUUAAAAUUUAGGUAUGGUUAAAAUUAGGGCUAAAAUAGAACCGCCGUCCCUUUCGCCACAAUUAGAGUUAGGGUUUCCUUCAUUCUUCUAAUUUUUGGAUCCAAUUCUGUGCAAGUUUUCAUCUUUUGAUCAUGGAGAUGGAGUGUCCGACCGAAUUCCCUCAUAUUCAUUUGGAUCGGAGGCCGAGGAAGAGGGCGAGGUUAGGUUGGGAUGUUGUCCCCCAAAAUUCAAAGGCUCAAGUAGGAAUAUUAUAUGGGCAAGAAGUUGGAGAUGUGACAAGCUUGGUGCCAUCAGGGGCAGCACCUCCUACAGACCAUAGUUCUUCUCUAUAUUCAAAGGGAGUGGCUCGAAAUGCUUCACCUCCUUGGAGAGAAGAUGAUAAAGAUGGGCAUUACAUGUUUGCUCUUGGAGAGAAUUUAACCUCUCGCUAUAGAAUUCACAGCAAAAUGGGUGAAGGUACCUUUGGCCAGGUUUUGGAAUGCUGGGACAGGGAAAGGAAAGAAAUGGUAGCAAUUAAAAUUGUUCGUGGCAUCAAGAAAUAUAGGGAUGCCGCUAUGAUAGAGGUGGAUGUGCUUCAACAGCUUGGAAAGCAUGAUAGAGAUGGCAGCCGUUGUGUACAAAUACGGAACUGGUUUGACUAUCGUAACCAUAUCUGUAUUGUGUUUGAGAAGCUUGGUCCAAGUUUAUACGAUUUUCUACGGAAAAACAGUUACCGAUCAUUUCCCAUUGAUCUAGUUCGUGAGCUUGCAAGACAACUAUUGGAAUGUGUAGCAUUUAUGCAUGAUUUACGCCUCAUUCAUACUGAUUUGAAGCCUGAGAACAUACUUCUUGUUUCUUCAGAGUAUAUAGAAAUACCUGAUUACAAGGGUUCAUCUCGAUCUUCUAAGAAUGCAUCCUCCUCCAAGAGGUUGCCCAAAUCAAGCGCUAUCAAGGUUAUUGAUUUCGGUAGCUCAACUUAUGCUAACAAAGAUCAUAGCUAUAUUGUUUCCACAAGGCACUACCGGGCACCUGAGGUUAUUUUAGGGCUUGGAUGGAGUUAUCCGUGUGAUAUAUGGAGCAUUGGGUGUAUUCUUGUGGAGCUUUGCUCGGGAGAAGCAUUGUUUCAGACUCACGAGAACUUGGAACACUUGGCCAUGAUGGAGAGGGUACUGGGUCCUCUUCCCCAUCAUAUGCUUAAGAAAGCUGACCGGCAUGCUGAGAAAUACUUGAGGAGGACCCGACUGAAUUGGCCUGAAGGUGCUACAUCAAGAGAAAGUAUGAAGGCUGUGCAAAAAUUACCCCGUCUUCAGAAUCUGGUGAUGCAGCAUGUAGAUCACUCGGCUGGGGAUCUUAUAGAUCUCUUGCAAGGCUUGCUGAAGUAUGAUCCUGCGAACCGAUUGGAAGCUCAUGAAGCUCUCAGGCACCCCUUCUUUACGAGGACCUACAGAAGAUGAAUUGAACAUAUAUAGAAAAUUUAUCUUAUAAUCAAGAUCCAACUGAAAAAUCUUGAAAUAUGGAGGGUAUUAUCUCUUUAUUAGAGAAGCCGAAAUUCAGCAUAAGCUGUUAGAUUUUCAUUUUGCCUUUAGGAUUCAUAUAUCAGCUGUGGCUGGUAUCUUUUCUUGUAGUAUAUGUUCCUGUCCUAGCAACUUGUUUGCCUGUAAGCGAUGUAAAUUUGUUAAAUUAAUAUAAUCUAUAUCACCUAAAUCUUGUCUUUGAUU